UCGAAUUUCGAUAGCGAUGUAACAGUUGCAGCUGCGUGAGAUCCGACGGCAGAGGCCAAAUACGCGUGGAAACGAAUUUAGAGCGUCAACAGACGACAUGGUCGUGUCUGUGUCGAAGACGCUGCGUCGUCGCACAAGCAAUCGAGUCGUUUGCUUCCUAGGGGCGGCGGCGGCGCUCUUGUUGCUGUUGUUCAGACCGUUUCCUUAUCACUUGUCGCCGGACAGCAAAACCAAACAUCGCAUACCAACACUUUCCCAACGACAGUUCGCGUCUGGAAGGCAGAAGAGCGCAGUGAGCGACGCCACCGGCACGCAGCUGUGGAACGACGUCGGAUGUCGCAGCGCAACCCCCCUUCUGCUGUGCAGAAGACUCGAAGGCAACAGCGCGGCCAUAGCUAUGCCCGACGAGCACGUCUUCUCGAACACUCGCCUCCUCGCCGGCAAGUCGAGAUCGUGCGCUCUCGUCGGCUCGUCGGGACGACUUCUCAAUCGAACCUACGGAGACGACAUCGACCGGCACGACAUCGUCAUACGCUUGAACGACGCCCCGAUUCAUCCCUACGAGAAAUACGUCGGUAAACGUCCGCCCGACAUUACAUUCGUCAACAGAGCCGUAUCACUGGUACGAAAAUGCCUAGAGAAUACGAACAAUCGUAGUCUGAUCGUUCAGUGUUAUUACGAGGAAGGAUUUGGUGAGACUAUGAGAUCUUGUGCCUCACGUGCACCCGUCUUUGCCAUUUCCAAGCAUAUCUUUUACACUGCUAAAGCCAUUCUCACCGAAUACAAGAGGAAAUAUCGAGCUAAGACGAACACGUCUCCUACUGCCGGAAUGUACGCUGUCAUAUUUUCUAUGCAUUUGUGUAGCAGGGUAGAUAUUUAUGGAUUUGGUGCAGUGCCCGGAGAGUUGUAUGCAUACUACAGAGAUAUUCGUACUGUCAGUACGCAUCACAGUUUUGACUUAGAGCAUCAGUUUCUUAUGGAUGCUUCAAACAAUUUAGUUAGUCCUAUUUUGGCUUGGCUUGGCUGUGAAAGUGUGCAGUUGCACAAUUAAGUUUAUUUAGACGAAUUUGGAGAGACUGACUAAA